AUGGCAAAACUUGUGGAUAUAUGGCGGUGUGACCAACCGGUUAAUUUGACGCAACGACAAAUGCCCUUGAUUGUUGACGAAACUUUAACUAUGAUCAUGGACUUAAACAACCUAGGGUACAUCAAUGAGAGUCCGUUGGCUAAAGGAAAACAACUUGAAGAAUUUAAGAGAAAAUUAGAAAUGUUAACUAAAGAAGAAGUCAAGGCUUCAUUUAAGGUUACCCAUAAGGAUAUGUUAUCUAUUUUGAGCCAGACUGUGCCCUGUGUUGGUUGCCGAAGAAGUGUUGAAAGAUUAUUUUUCGAAUUAAUGGGAUCAGGUCAUCAAGCGCUGGAUCCGUUGAUCGUAACUCCAGAAGGAAUUUUGACUAUCUCUGAAGAAAGUUUACUAUCUCCAAGAUUGCUUUGUACUAUGCUUCAAGGUCAUAGUGAUCGAUUACACAAUUUAGUAGAACGCCAACCACGAAAUAAAAAAUCACUUCGUUGUGCUUUGCAUUCGAUGGAUAUUCAACGUAUGAGACCCCCAGCAAAUGCAUGGAAAGAAGCAUGGGAUGUAAUGAAAUCUCCUUGCCGUCAAGAAGUAACUCUGAUUGAAACAGAUACUCUGGAAGCUACUUUAGAAACCUAUUUACGGAAACAUAGGUUUUGUGGGGAAUGUCGUACAAAAGUUUUGUUAGCUUCGACUCUUCUUACCUCGGAACCCAAUCCUUCGAAGGAAAAAGGAUAUGUAGCUGCAUUAUACAAAGAUAUUAAACAAGUACUUACUUGUCUUGGAAUUUGCGUUGCUAACAGACUUCAUCGUAUUCAUCGGCGCUUGAAAGAAGAAGAAACAAUUUGCCGUGUAUUUGCUGCUGUUGCUAUUGACGCACUGUCACGUAAUUUUCAAAUGGCUGUUGAAGAAAAACAGGGAAUUUCUCAACUAGAGCUUCUAUAUGAGGAACUUACUCGAGAAGAAUUAGUAAAGCAGCAACGUCGAGAGAAAUUACGCCUUAAAAGGAAGAAAAAGAAGGAACGCAAAUAUGAAAAUACUGAAGAAAAAGAAAAUAAUUGUGAAUGUUUGAAAGAAAAAGGUAAAGGAAAUGAUUGCAUUUGUACAGAAUCUAAACCAACGACUCAAAAUAAUGAUCGCCACAAGCUUCAAAUUUUGGAUCCAAAGAAUAAAGGGCAACCUACGUGUAAAUGUCCUGAUUGCCUAAAAAAAACUAAAAAUAGUGACAAUAUAAAACAAACUCAAAGCCAAUCUUCAACAUUCCGAAGUAAAAAUUCAUCACGAAAGUUAAAUCAGCCAAAGGUGGAACAAAUUAAAGAUGUAAUAACUAAAGAAAAAGAAAAAGAUGAAAACCCAGGUAAAUUCUGUGAAGAAGAUCCACAUGAUAUGUGUUCAUGUUACGAGGAAUUUUUUGAAAAACGUGAUGAUGGAAAAUGGCAUUUACGUCAAGGUGGAAAAACUCCUCCAGAAGAAGAGUUAUUGAAAUGGGUAGACUUUAACAAACGUUACGAACUCAAGUUACGAGAGAUUAUGAGCCGUGCAUCAAGUGAGCCAUCUCAAGACUGCGGUUAUUCGUCUGAGCAUAACGUUAGUAGCUCAUCUCUGCCAAGCACACCAGAAGGGUCUGAGGUCGCGUGUAGCGAGGGCUGUUGUAGCCACGAUGGAGACUGCCCUGAUAAUAGACCUUGGGACAAACUGGAUCAUUCCAGACUGGGUGUUUCAUUAUUAGGAGAACAAGGAUUAACUCUUACUCAAAUGUUAGAGGUAAUAAUUUAUUUUUUAUCUUACAUUAAUUAUAAAUAUUUAAUUAUUAGCCUAAUUAUUGACGCUUGCAAUUUUAUUUUAGAUUAUUUUAAAUUUAAUUAGAAUUAAAUUGCAAGUGUCAAUAAUUGGACCUUUUACCUUACUUACAAUAAUUUAUUUUUAUCAAUAGGACUCACAUUCAUCAGAUAAUGAAGGCACUGA